AUGGAAAAAGAAAAUACUGAAGAAUCAGACGCCAGCAAAGUUGUAUCUGUCUUAGCGGAGCCGAAACCGGAACUGUCGCAGACAGAUGAAUCUAAGGAUAAUGCAAAAGAAUUGGAAUCCAGCGCUUCGGCGACUCCCGGUAAUAGCGGUGCGAAAGCGAAACAAUCGGUAUCAAAAGCUUCAGCCAAGAAAAAACGACGGAAAGUGCCAAAGGAUGCAAAUGCCCCUAAGCAUCCUCUUACUGGCUACGUGCGCUACAUGAAUGAGAAUCGCGAAGGGGUACGACAAAAAAAUCCAAAUUUAACACCUGUCGAAAUUACAAAAAUCAUGGCUGAAGAAUGGUCUAAGUUACCGGAUGAACGAAAGAAACCGUAUCUGGAAGCGGCGGAGGCUGACAAAGAACGCUAUAACAAAGAGAUUUCCGAGUACAAACUGAGCAAUGAAGCGAAAGCUAAGGCAAUGCAAAAUGACGCACCACCGGUAAAAAAGGAGUUGCCGGAAGCGAAAGUUGCGGCUCCCUCUAUUCCGUAUGUGAAUGGAAAGGUGGAGCAGAAAGUGAUUCGGCGGGGCAAUUAUGAUAUACCAAUUUUCACGGAAGAUUUUCUAGAUCACAACAAAGUUGUCGACUCGGAGCUACGUACAUUGCGUAAAUCUAAUAUCGAUUACGAACAGCAAAAUUCAGUUCUCGAAAAACAUGUGGAGAACAUGGAAAAUGGUAUUCAAAAAAUGGAAAGUGAAACUAGCAGUUUAGAGGCGCGAAAUGCUAUCCUGCAGAAUUAUCUUUUGAAGUUAAGGACCACAUUAGCCAAUGCCUUGCAAGGACUACCACUGGCAGAUGACUUUCCAGGAGCUUCAAUUGAAAAUAUCGAUCAGUAUUUGGAAAAAUUACACCACUUGGCGAGCUCGAGUACCCAAGGUCACACAUUGAACAAAGCGAAGGACAUAAUUCGUAAGCUAGAUCUCCAAAAUCUUACACUUUGAAGAUUCAUAUUUAAGAAUGCCGAAAUGUGGCGCACAUCCAAGGGUCAAAUAUACUGCACGCGAUGCGGAGAUGCAAUU